AUGAAUCCACUUGAUCUAAGUAAAUUUUCAAUAUCUUCCGAUGAAGAAAAGUUGGCACAGGAACUGAAAGGCACACACCUUGUUAUCAAAAAGACACUUCCUAUGUUUUCAAUAGAAGAAAACAAGACAACAAAACAAGAAACACAAUACUUACCACAGCCCACUUGUAAUGACAAGGACGACGGCUGGGGUGAAGGACCUCCUUCUUAUACAGCGAUAUCACAAGGAACUUAUUUUGGCUUCAACUCAAAGCGUUUAGUCGCUUCAAAGAUAAGCCUGUAUCAUUCACAAGUCAUCUGA